GAACUCUAGUUUAUCACUAUACCAGGUGACUGUUGUGAGACUAGUUUGUGUACGCUUAGCCUCGAAUAUGAAAUAUAUAAAAGUGAAAUCAAUUAGCGUCAUAAUUAGUGUUAUAUAAUGUGCAUUAUAAUUAAAAAUAUCGGAAGAACCUUAAAAGUAUAUCAGUUUGGAUUAAAUUACAACAAAAGUUUUUGAUUUUUAAAAGUUAAAAAAAAUCUCGACAAGAUGGAUAUAUCUUACUGCACAUGUUUUAAAAGUGGUAUUAGUUUAUAUCUAGUUCGUUUUGUAAUAUGUGAUACUUGUCUAAUGUAAUCAUUUGUGAAAUGUAACUGGGGAUUAAAUGUUUUCUUUGCGCAAAUUUUAUUUUCAGUUUAACAUGGAAGCCUACUUACAAACAUAGUUUUCAUUAUUUUUCGGAUAGAGAUUUUCAUAUAUUUUAUUAUUCGUAAUUUUAUCGCACCACUAUAUAGCAGUGAUUACUGUGGAAUAAUUACCGUAUGUUUUCCAUGAAAGUAAACCCCUAUAGAUGGCCAAGUGACUUCUUAAGCAUCUUAACAUGGCCAAAAGCUUCCGAUACCGGGGUCUUGACGCAUUAUGAGGAAAAGUGCUACAGGAUUUAGCUAUCGAUGCAGGUUGACUACUCUGCUGCUCAUUUUACAAGUGUAUAUUGUUGACGCUUCUAAGAUUUCUACAAAAUUUAAACCCGAUCUAGGUUUACAAGAAAGCACCUUUCCAAAGAUAACAGACAGUCGUUUCGUAUUUGCUACAGACUUUAAACCAAACUUAUACAUUGAUGAAAACCCGAUUCCCGACAAAGAGAAUCAAGAACCAAGUCGAAGAAGGCGAUAUUGGAUCGAAUCUCGUUGUAGUGAGAUGUUCGUCCGAAUCAGACCAGGAACAAGGCGUAAUUCUAUUGAUGCAUCAGGCAAAAAGACGCCACCUGGGCGUUAUACAUCAAUAAUCAUGGAAUCUAUAGGUCGUAACGGACUAGUAAGAUUGCAAGGUGAAGAUAGUCUUAUGUACUUAUGUUUCAACAAUAAAGGAAGAUUAAGAGCACGGCAUCAUCCACUUGAUAGUUGUAAUCUUGUUUACAACAUUACACAUGACAAAUAUUAUCAGUUCCGUUUAGCGGACGAAGAUCAUAAAUGGUUCAUAGGAUUCAAGAAGAAAAAGUUAAGAAAUUCUGUUCGAGGUAAAGCAUUACCAGGCUAUAAAAAGAAGCCAAACACUCGUUUAGAAAGGUGCUAUGACUUCACUUUAAUAGCGAUAGAUCAACAUAAUACAACGCCGUCACCGUAUAGUCCAGUAAAUUUUCAUGAAUAUAGUGAUAAUUGGGACCCACAAAAGAAAUUUCAUAAAUUAAGACGUAUGAAAAAAUAUAAAGGAAUGUUAAGAAAAGGACAUAGAAAAAUGGACAGACGGCGGCAGAAAAAGAAAAGACAAAAAUCGAAGAAGCGAAAACCACCUGGUAGAUGAAUAUAGAAAACUUAGCAUUGUUUUCAAUUAUUUAACAUAUGCAUUCCGAAUGAGAUCGAGCUGUGAUGGGAUAGAGGCUGUGAUUUGUGUAGCACGUGACAGAAGAUAAUUCUGGUAAAUCAUUCGAAUGCAACUCUACGGGCUUUCAUUUAUUUGUAAAAUGAGCAGUGACAGAGGGACUGUUACGGAGGUUAAUUUAUUCAUAACGGAUGGAAACUUCGUAUUCGUGUAAUCUUACAAUGAAUUUAACCUUUUUCGUUUACGACACGAGAUUAUAGCUUUAUGCAUGAACACAUAAGUAAAUGUAUAGUGUUGUACAAACUAGGAUGACUACCUCCUACGUAAAUAUUGACCAUUAAGGCAUUGUAAAAUAUAAGAAAUCCUUGAGCAAAAACCAAUAAAUUUCCAGAGACCUAAAAUGUGCAUUUAUUACCAGUGAAACAUUGGUCGGAAACACGGGUAAAAUUACGCAUUACGUAUGCAAUCACACUAUAGAGAGACCAUAGCAUUGCUAUUACAGAUCUCCGAAACAAUGACUAAUGUGUCUUUUGUCUGAUAAAUAGAAUUAAGUUUCGAAACUAAGGUUUCCAUGAUUUCGAUUUUCUUCACUUUCAUAUUUAUGGGUCGACCUAAUAUUUUUCAAUAGCAAUAUGAGAGUGGAAGGUUUUUUUUAUGCUGAACUAAUGUAAUGACGUAAAAAAGAUAUCUAAAUCCACUGUUUCGGAGAUCGCGUCAUCUAUUGUUUUUACACACCUUCUUGUGAUAUUUUUUAAGUAAUUUUUUGUUAAACGAACAUAUAUAGUGUAAUAAAUGUUGUCAUACAUAGCUAAUCUGCAUAGCAGUAUGUUCUAUCCUAAUUUUGUCUUAUGCCUGUAUAUUACGUCAUAAUAUUAUUAUUACAUUACACAUUCCAAUUCAGGUAUUUCAUCUAUAUCAUACAAUAAAUACAUGAUAAAUAUGUGACUGUUUUCUUCUGCAAUAAAUUAUUAUUAUUUAAAAUUCCGAUAUUUUUGCAGGAGUAUGUGCGAUAGGACAUUAUUUGUGCACAAAAAAUUUAAAAAAAAGGACUUAUGUUAUCUUUUGCUCGGUUGAUAUGUGUGCAAGUAAAAAUACAGUAGCUUUUUGGGAAAUGUAGUUAAAUGUGAGUCUAUUAGCCGGACAAAAUGCAUCUUUGAAACACAUUUAUCAAAUAUAAACAAAGUGCUAACCAACUUAAUCUUUACAACUGAUAUCAGCCUGGAAAACUAUGUUUUAGUUUAGUUUGUAUUCUUGUAUUUUCAAAUAAAAACCUUCAUGACGUCAUUACUAAAACAAGUUAUAACAUUGAUAUAGUUUAACAGUAUAUCCUUAUUUAUUUCCUGCUAAUAUAGUGUAUCAAAUAAGUGACUUGUCGCAUAUACUCCUUAGUAGUACUAUGAAAAAAGUAAACGAAUACGAGCUAUGAGUUCUGUAAUUUUAUAUCUAGUCAUGAACAUGGCAUUUUGUUUCAUUACAUGCAUGCCUUCUUUCAAAAGUGAAUUGCAUGAAAUAAUUUUUUUCACUUCUUUGUAGCAAUAGCGAUAAAGAAAUUUUCUUUCCUUUUCACAAAUCAACAUCAUUCUUUUGCUAGAUUAAAAUAUAAUAAUAUUUUCAGUGUUCAGUACAAAUGUAAAAUUUUCCUUUAAAACCGGUUGAGGUUUUUCAAGAUAAUUCGCAAAACUAAACAAAUCAAUGCAAAAAAAAAAUAUAAUUCUCAAUUGAAUAUGUGGCCGUCGCCACAUAAAGUUAACCCACAAUGUGUUCAACAAAAUUGAAUAAUAUUUUAAAAAAUGAAGCUUUUAGGUAUUUUCAGUUACUAUUAAAAAACACAAAAAUUUAAUUGACUUGCAUUAACAAAAACAUAUUGUACAAUAAUUUUUCGUAUAAUUUUUCUCCUAAUUAAAAUCAUACUGUAAUCAAAUUAUUACACGAGACGGUAAGAUUUGAAAUCAAAACCAUAUUUUAAUAGAGAACUCUAGGCAUGUGUAUAAUGCGGAUUUUUUUCCUUUCCGACUUUGGUUUGACCUUUACUGGAAGAACUUGGCCAGUAAAGAUAUUAUGAUGGUGCCUAUAUAUGCUUUAUUGUUAUUGUUUUGUAUGUAAAUAUUGACUGUAGUAUAUUGUUAUAUAUGCCAAAGAUAUAUUUAUUAUUAAAUAUUGCAAUUUUUUGUUAUAAAUGUCCCAUCAAAUUUGUAUUUAUGCACAUAGUGCAGUAGAUACAAUCGCAGAAAUAAAAAAAUAUAAAUAUUA